AUGCAAGGCAGCGGUUGUACAAGUCCCGCUGAUCAGCGCCAUGACUCUCUGACUAAGGGAGACACUAUUCACGUCUCGCCCGCACCGCUUCCGACGGGCUGGAACGGUAGUCGUAUUCCAUCGAACAACGUUCCGAGGAAGGCGCCGCUGGCAGCUCGCUCUCCAGAUGACAUCUCACCAUUCAUAGCGAGAAAGAUACCGCCAACGAAGCAACAGAGAUCCACGAGUCAACCAAAGGCAACUCCCGGCCCCUCACAAGGCAACCGAGUACGCCAGCAGAAGUCCUUCAAUACGCCGCCGUUGGGCACCCCUAAGAGAGGACGACCGCGACUAGACGAUGGAGUUCAGGAUAACAACACAGCUGGUGGGCUGAACAGCCAGGGAGAUCCUCACAUCGGUCAAAAGGCCAGCACGCAGCCUCCCAUCGGUCUGUUCGCGCCUCCGCAGGUAUCGUCCGCGAUUCCACCGAAACCCAUGAGACGAUGCCCGAGGUAUGACUACGUCGUACCUUUGGAGUUGGUAGCCACACAAAAAGCCCUUGGCCCAGACAACUGGAACGAAUAUGUGUACGUCAUGGAGCAGCUCUGGACCGAAGAAAUCACCUUUGACGAGUUUGGCGCGCGCACGCAACGGAUAUUCCAAGUGUUCGAUGAGGGCAUUCGGAGGAGGUUGAACAAUACUGUGGCGAUGAAGAUGAUCGUGCCACGGCUAGAGGAAGAGCGGAAGAGAGGUCAGUCGACUAAGGGUACGGAAGACGUCUAG